AUGGCAUUUGAUAAUAAUAAUACCACGAAUAUUCCGUAUAAAAACCCCGAAAUGUCGACAGUCAAAGAUGAAGACAGCCCAAAACAACAAAUCAAUGAACAGUCAUUAACACAAGAUCUUGAAAAAAAUCGAGAAUCACUUAAACGUAAAUUACAAGCACGUCGAUCAAUGAAACAACUUGUUGAUGUUGGUAUUAUGCCUCCACCAAAAGCACCAUUACCUUUCUAUGAACAACGUAAACAAUUACAAAUGCGAAAAACCCAAGAUAUAUUAAAAAAUAAAAUAAUAUCUCGACCUGAUCGCCAAUUAUUAAUUGAACAUAAUAUAUUGUCAGAUACAACAGCAGCCCCAGCUAUACAAAAAACACAGUGUCAACUAAAGCGUGCACGUUUAGCGGAUAAUUUAAAUGAUAAAUUAGCAGCACGUCCUGGUGUAUUAGAAUUAGUUGCAAAUAAUAUUUUAGAAAUUGAUCCAAAUCUGAAAGAAGCUAUACAAGGUGGGCGCAUUAAAUUUCCAUCAACAAAAUCAACAUCAAAACAAACAACACAAAUUUAUUCAUCAACUGAUCAACAACCACGACCGUUACGUCCAAAAACAUCCUCAUUUUCAAAUACAAUUAAUGGACAAUCUUCAGCAACAACAGCAAAACGUUCAUUAAUAUCAACAUCGAAAGUUAAAUCGAGUUUAACAUUUCAUGAAUAUAAGGGACCGUCGCAAAAAGUUGCAAUAACUAAAGUGCCAGUACAACCGACACCCUCACUUAUUGUACAACCCGUUCAAGCAACACUUUUACCUCUCGUACCAUUAGAACAUAAUAAUACGCUUAAUGAAAAUCAUUAUAGAAUUCAAUUACGACAGCAACAAUUAUUUCUUGAAUUACUUCAUGAUGAUAAACAAGCUGAAAAUGACGAUAGAAACGAUAACGAUGAUACAAAUAAUGAUGAUAAUCCAAUAGGUAAUUUACUUCAACAACCUAUUGAUGAUAAUGUGAAUCUAUUAUCGACAAUAUCAGAUGAAAUACAAUCAUUUGAAAAAAUGAAAUUAGCUGAUUUAAAAAAUGAAUGUAGAAAAUUAAAUUUAAGUACAACAGGCACGAAAAUUAAAUUAAUUGAAAAAUUAAGAAACGCAAAAGUCAACAUGUCAGAUACAAAAAUUAUUCCGUCACAAACGAUGAAUAACGAACCAGCUUCAACUCAACUGACAAAUGCAUCAACGUCAUCUGUUACAUUCAUAAUGCCAACAUCUUCAUUAAGCGAUCAAGAACUUUAUCAGCACCAACAACAAAAAAUUAUUGAAUUAGAAAAUCAAGUACAAAAAUUAAAACAACUAGAUUCGUUUUCACUGCAGACUUCACAUCUCAUGCAUCAUGUUGACUAUAUGACAAGUAUUCCACCAAAAUGUAAUCCAAUUGUAUCUGUUGAAUUACAAAAACGAGUACUUAUACAUCAACAAGAAAAAUUAAAACAAAAGAUUCACGAUGAGCAACAACUACACCACCACCAACAACAACAACAACAUGCUAUUGUUCCUUUAACACCUGAAUCUGUAGCACAAUUUCUUGCAAAUCAAACUCAAUCACAUACGUCAGAUAAUCAUUCAUGGUCGAUACAUCAUUCGAUAUCUGCUCCAACUUUUCCAACAUUUAUGGAUAGUAAUUAUUAUGACACAUGUCAAUCGGGAAAUAUUGAAGAAAAAUUAGUUGAUGAUGAUGCUAUUCUAAGUCUAUUGGAUGAUUUUUCUGAUACUAGUUCAACAUUACCACUACAUCCAAAUGAUUCACUAUCACAUGCUACAAAUUCCUAUGUAUCUUCAUCCCCUACUUCACAUAUGGAUUGGCUGCCGAUGAUAUCUUCUCCAACAAUGACCAAUGAUUUAUAUGACGAUAAUAAUUCUGAUUUAACACAAUUUCUUAAUCAAUUCGGUAAUGAUCAUCAUCUUCUUUUCGAUACUCCACUAUCAACAUGUCAACAGCAAAAUGUACUUUCAUUCGAUUUACUUUCUCCAUCGAGUCCAAUGAUUUAA